GUUAGAAUGGUGAAGAGCAAAUCACAAGAGAAAGUCCCAAAAGUAAGAAAGUCUAAGAGCAAGAGAAUGCAAUUCCCAAUCAAGCCAAUCAAUCUUAUGAUCAUUGUGAGUCUGGUAAUUGCUAUUUGGAUCGGAUACAAAGGAUACCUCCAAACGAGAAUUAAUACUCCAUAUAAUGGAAAAAAGGCAUUUACUGGAUAUGGAUUGGAUUCUCUGGACAGGUAUUGGGGUACUUAUCGAUCCGGAGUAUAUUUCGGUUUAAAAACAAGAGACCCGCAUUCCUUGGUGACUGGUUUAAUGUGGUAUUUUCCACGGUUCUUACGUCAUGACGGAACUGGAUUUAGACACUGGUGCGAGCAAGGUGAUGAACUAGACAGAUAUGCAUGGCUAGAACACGACGGACGAACAUUUGGAGUUCAGGAAAUAGUAGAUGAUCUCGCAGUCAUAAGAACAACAUUCGUCAAAAAGCCUGGUGGAUAUCACGGUGGUGACUGGACCGCAAGAAUUGCGGUAUCAGCAAACAAAGAACAGGUUGACGAAGAGAUGUCGUUGUUAUUUUAUACCGCUAUCGAGGAAGAUACGAGGGGUUGGAUAAAGGCUAAUCUAGGAGACUAUAAUCGCUUGACAGGAAUAGAAGGAAAUACAUUCGGAUUGGGAUCUUUUAUCAUAAAUGUGAAUUUAAUAAAUGGCACUAUAGAAGAGCAUUCCUUUCUAGCGACGGUCGCUCCUGGUCUAAACAUGUUGAAAGAAACGGUUUUCCAAAGUCUCCGCAUCGCGACCCAGAAAGGAUCCAUGGAGAAACAUGUAGUUUUAGCUGGUGAACAAUUGCCUUUGCUUCCCGAAGGCAAGAAAAAGGAUCCGAAUUUCAUUGUAACUCAAGUGACAGGAAAAAUCCCUUUUGAGAUCGAAAUUAGUUAUGAAUCUGGCAGUUUCACCAAUAGGAUGGACGUUAAAUUAACGGGAAACAAUUAUGACGAGGCUCUCAAGAAUCACAGAGAACUGUUCUCAAAGAAAUUUGAAAAUGUUUUCAAGUUGAAGUCUAAGGGAUACACGGACGACGAAGUGGCGUUUGCAAAGAUGGCGUUCUCAAAUCUUAUAGGCUCGAUAGGUUACUUUUAUGGGGCUUCACAGGUGCAAAGUAUCUAUAAUCAGGAACCUGUGCCUUAUUGGAAAGCACCUUUGUAUACUGCCGUACCAAGCAGAAGCUUUUUUCCAAGAGGUUUCCUGUGGGAUGAAGGUUUUCACGGUUUAUUGAUUUCUGCCUGGGACGUGGAGAUUGAAAUAGAUAUUAUAAAGCAUUGGUUUGAUCUGAUGAACGUCGAGGGCUGGAUACCAAGAGAAAUGAUUCUCGGCCAAGAAGCUGUGGCUAAAGUUCCCGAGGAGUUCAUAACUCAGAUCAACACAAAUGCGAAUCCACCUACAUUUUUCUUGACGCUAGAUUUUUUGCUUCAACAUAAACAGCAGGAGUUACUGAAACAUAAUAACCAAUUGCUUAUCAAACUGUAUCCACGGUUGCAGAAAUGGUUCUCGUGGUUUAAUACCACGCAAGUCGGCGAGUUACCCAGUACAUACAGAUGGCGAGGCAGAGAAGAAAAGACUACUGAAGAAUUGAAUCCUACAACGCUCACAUCCGGCUUAGAUGAUUACCCCAGGGCUUCCCAUCCGAGUGUCGCCGAGCGUCACGUUGAUUUGCGUUGCUGGAUCGCAUUUGCUGCUCGCGUUAUGGCUAGACUCGCCGAAACGUUGAGUUAUUCUGCCAUAAAGUAUCAAGAAACAUUUGAGUAUCUAUCCGACAAUAACUUGUUGAACAAUCUACAUUGGUCGCCGAAUGCGCAAGCAUAUUCCGAUUACGGUUUGCACACUGACAAGGUGGUUCUACGGAAGAUUGCGUUACAGCCAUCUCGCAAGCAGCAAUCUGCUCACAUCCAAAUGACACCAGAAAUGAAACGCAUCGUACUGGAAAAUCCAUCAUUGAAGUUUGUCGAUGCAACCUUUGGAUAUGUAUCGUUAUUUCCUUUUAUUCUGCAGAUUGUCGAGCCUGAUUCGCCUCAACUGGGGAAGAUACUGCAGGAUCUACGAGAUCCUGAUUUGCUGUGGACUAAGUACGGACUGCGUUCGCUCGCGAAAACAUCACCUUUAUACAUGAAAUAUAAUACGGAACACGACGCGCCUUACUGGCGCGGUUCUAUCUGGAUAAAUUUGAAUUACUUGACAGUACGAGCAGCGUAUCAUUAUUCAAACGUGACGGGACCAUACCAGGAGAGCGCAAAAAGGUUAUACCAAGAGUUACGAAAGAAUUUGAUACAGAAUAUUAUUAUGCAAUAUAGAAAAACUGGGUAUUUAUGGGAGCAGUACGAUAGCACGGAAGGAAAAGGUAAAGGAAGUCACCCUUUCACUGGCUGGACUUCUUUGGUAGUACUACUUAUGGCAGAAAUAUAUUAAAUGUCACGUUAAUGUGUAUAGUGUUACAUUCCCGUUCAACUGUACCGAGCUCAACAAUAUAUUGUAAAAAAUUUAGGGGAAAUAGGCACAGAGAAGCUAUCAGCAUCAGGGCUGUGUGGCAAAAAUCUAUCAAUAUGAAGGAGACCAGG